UAGGUCACCAACGUUUGUUGUCAAAAGUGCAGCAGCCUGUCUCUGAAACUUUCCCAGCGCGUGCACAAAACCCGCCUUCCCCAGCCCAGACCCAUGCACACAUUUCCUAAUAAGGCUCCCGCUAACGCUGAGGCAUUAACUGGCCCCAUGUUUCUUGCUGUUCUGAGGGGCAGGGGAGCUUAAAAACCCCCACUUGGAUGGUGCAAUUGAGGAAUUCUGCAGGAGGAGGAGGAGGAAGGGAACUGGCUAAAGUUCCCUCCGAGUCUCUCGCCCUCUGUCCCCCGGGAGGCUUCCUAGAGCAGCCGCGGCAGAUCGCACUCUAACCAUGGGAGAUGUGAAACUGGUGUCAUCAACUCGUAUUUCCAAAACCUCUGUGACGCUGGAGCACUCACCUCUCAGCCCCUCUGUCCCAACAGAAGCACCAGCAUUCACGCUUCCUCCUAGGAAUAUCCGGGUGCUGCUGGGAGGCACGGCCAGAUUUGAGGGGAAGGUCAGGGGCUAUCCAGAACCUCAGAUCACAUGGUACAGAAAUGGACUUCCCAUCACAGAGGGAGAGUAUUACGUAGUGGACUGCAGCAUUCGAGGGAUUUUCAGCUUAGUGAUCAAAAAUGUGCAAGAGGAAGAUGGUGGAAAAUAUACUUGUGAAGCUGCAAAUGAUGGUGGAGUUCGCCAGGUGACUGUGGAGCUAACUGUGGAAGGAAACUCCUUGAAGAAAUACAGCCUGCUGUCCAGUGCCAAAACCCUUGGGGGGAGAUUUUCUGUUCCGUCAGUGGAGAACAGGCCAAGCAUCUGGGGAGAAAGUCCACCAAAGUUUGCUACAAAACCCAACAGAGUCAUUGUGCGUGAAGGCCAGACAGGCAAAUUCUCCUGUAAAAUAACAGGACGACCACAGCCUCAAAUAACUUGGUUUAAGGGUGAUAUUCAGUUGCAGCAAAAAGAUCGUUUCAACAUGUUUGAGAAAGCAGGCAUCCAGUUCUUGGAAAUCCAAAAUGUCCGUCUGGCUGAUGCUGGAACUUAUACUUGUACCGUGAUGAAUAGCGCUGGGAAGGCAUCCGUGUCUGCAGAACUCAUGGUUCAAGGUUCAGAUAAGACAGACCUGUAUGUUCACCCAUUAUGCACUCCAACAAAAUCAACUUCCACUGCAACCAAAGCUAUUGAAAAUUCAGAAUUCAAACUGGCAACUAGCAAUGGGAUUGCUAAGGAACUGAAAUCCAGCAGCACUGACCUCACAGUUGAAACCAAAGAGAGGACAGCAGUAAAGAAAGAGGCCUCUUCUAUCUCCUCCAAAGAAGCCAAGGACAAUAGACAACGACAGCUCAGAGAAAUCAACACAGAACCCGCUCAGGAACCUAAAGGAGAAGCAAGGGGAUCUCGGGGCCUACAGAAAACUUCCAGCACCAUAACGCUGCAAGCCAUUAAAAUGCAACCAGAACCAAAGGCAGAAUCCACGGCCACUUCUACUGGACAGGAUGAGGACAGGAAAGGGAUCACACAGCCCCUGACGACAACUCGACAAACUGCUUCUCUCAUCAGACAAGCUGGUCCAAGGAGUAGGGAAGCAGAAAACAGAGUUGGAACAAGGAAGAGCACAACAGAGGAGAAGAGGGAGCCUCAGGGAGUCCCUCCGCAGUUCGAGAGCCGUCCACAAAGCCAGGAAGUAUUAGAAGGCCAGGAGGUCAAAUUCAAAAGCAAAGUUUCAGGGAAACCAAAACCAGAUGUGGAAUGGUUCAAAGAGGGAGCCCCUGUAAAAGGAAGAGAUGGCAUCCAAAUAUACGAAGAGGAUGGAAUUCAUUGCUUGUGCUUAAUGAAAACCCACUUGGGAGACAGUGGGUCCUAUAGCUGUACAGCCUUCAACCCCAGAGGUCGAACUUCCAGCAGCUGGGUGUUAAGUGUAGAAAGGUCUAAAGUUGAAGAGAUGGCUCCAAGGUUUUCCAGUGUCUUGAAGGGAUGUACAGUGAGUGAAGGGCAAGAUUUUGUGCUGCAGUGUUCUGUGGAAGGUACACCUGUGCCUCAGAUCACCUGGCUCCUCAACGAUGAACCAAUUCAGUAUGCCCAUUCCAUCUUCGAAGAUGGGGUUGCAAAGUUGACUGUACAAGAUGCCUUACCAGAAGAUGAUGGUGUUUAUACCUGUCUGGCAGAAAACAGCACAGGACGGGCAUCCUGCAGUGCUCAAGUCACCGUCAAAGAAAAGAAAAGCAGCAAGAAAGUGGAAAGCACACAGUCUGUUCAGACAAACAACGCCUUUGCACCAGUCUUCCUUAAAGGCCUGACUGACCUCAAGGUCAUGGAUGGAAGCCAAGUAAUAAUGACUGUGGAAGUAUCAGCUAACCCACCUCCUGAAAUUAUCUGGCUGCACAAUGGGAAAGAAAUCCAAGAGACAGAAGACUUUCACUUUGAAAAGAAAGGCAAUGAAUACAGCCUGUACAUUCAGGAAGUAUUCCCUGAGGACACAGGCAAAUAUACCUGCGAAGCAUGGAAUGACUUAGGAGAAACUCAGACCCAAGCAACUUUGACUGUACAAGAACCUCAGGACGGUAUUCAACCCUGGUUCAUUAGCAAACCACGAUCUGUGACAGCGGCUCCUGGACAGAAUGUCCUUAUUUCCUGUGCCAUUGCUGGAGACCCUUUCCCCACAGUUCAUUGGUUUAAAGAUGGGCAGGAAAUAAUGUCGGGAGCAGAGUGCGAGAUCCUGCAAAACGAGGACAUCUUCACGCUGAUCAUGAGGAAUGUGCAGCACCGUCAGGCUGGGCAGUAUGAAAUCCAGCUCAGGAACCAAGUUGGAGAAUGCAGCUGCCAGGUGUCUCUGAUGCUGAGAGAGAGUUCAGUUUCCGGAGGAGAAAUGCACAGAGAUGGUAGGGAACCAGCCAGCUCUGGAGAACGAAGAGAUGGUGGUGAUCAUGGUGUACUAACUUUCUGCAGAAUUGGUGGCUUCAGAAAGAGUGGUGGUGACACCAGACCAGCUGAGGAGGAGCAGGAAGACGUUCGAGGGGUACUCAAAAGACGAGUGGAAACCCGGGAGCAUACAGAAGAGAGGCUUCGACAGCAGGAAGCAGAGCAGCUUGAUUUCCGUGACAUUUUGGGGAAGAAAGUCAACACUAAAAGCUUUUCUGAGGAGGAGCUGAAAGAAAUCCCAGCUGAGCAAAUGGACUUCCGCGCUAACCUGCAGCGGCAGGUCAAGCCCAAGACCUUGUCGGAGGAGGAAAGGAAAGUUCACAGCCCUCAACAGGUGGACUUCCGUGCGGUGCUGGCCAAGAAGGGCACCCCCAAAGUCUCCUUGCCAGAGAAGGUGCCACCCCCUAAACCAGCCACCCCAGAUUUCAGAUCUGUGCUUGGCUCUAAGAAGAAGCCACCAGCUGAGAAUGGCAGCACUAAUGCCCAAGCUCGGAACACCAGCACCAAUUCUGUGGCUCAGAAUGCCAGGACCAACUCUGAAGCUCAGCAUGCCAAACCAGAGGUGAAAGAGGAGGAGAAGAAUGACACAAACUGUGCACAUGGGUGCUCAAUGGUAGAUGGUGGAAUAAUUGAGAAGAAAGUCGACAGCAAAGGAAUGGCACCAUCAUUUACAGAGAAGCUCCAGGAUACUCAUGUAAUGGAUGGUGAAAAAUUAGUGUUACAAUGUCGGAUUUCCUCUGAUCCCCCUGCAGCUGUCACCUGGACUCUAGACGGCAAAGCCAUCAAAUCAUCAAAGUUCAUUGUCAUCUCUCAAGAAGGGUCACUGUGCUCACUCACCAUUGACAAGGCCUUGCCUGAAGAUGUGGGCCAGUACCAAUGCAUAGCUGAGAACGCAGCUGGGAGAGCUGAAUGUGCUUGCAAAGUGUUGGUAGAUGAUCCCUCACCUACAAAGACCCCAAAGUCUGCUGAGAAGAAGACCAAAAAGUCAAAGAGCUCACUUCCCCCUGUACUCGCAACAGAGAGUGAAGCAACAGUGAAAAAGAAACCAGCUCCAAAGACCCCCCCAAAGGCAGUUCUUCCCCCUCAGAUCAUUCAGUUCCCAGAAGACAGAAAAGUCCGUGCUGGUGAAUCAGUGGAACUGUUUUGCAAAGUAGUAGGAACGCCACUUUUAACUUGCACCUGGAUGAAAUUCCGAAAGCAGAUUCAAGAAAAUGAACACAUCAAAAUCGAGAAUGCUGAAAACAGUAGUAAGCUAACUAUAUCCUCAACGAAGCAGGAACAUUGUGGAUGUUACACUUUAGUGGUAGAAAACAAAUUGGGCAGCAGACAAGCACAAGUCAACCUCACAGUUGUCGAUAAACCUGAUCCCCCAGCCGGAAAACCCUGUGCCUCGGACAUACAAAGUUCUUCCCUCACUCUCUCUUGGUAUGGCUCUUCUUACGAUGGCGGAAGCGCUGUGCAGUCCUACACUGUGGAAACCUGGAACUCAGUGGAUAACAAAUGGACAGAUCUUACUACUUGCCGUAGCACUUCUUACAAUGUCAAGUCCCUGCUGGCUGACAGGGAGUACAAAUUCCGGGUGCGAGCUGCUAACGUGUAUGGCAUAAGUGAGCCCAGCCAAGAAUCAGAACUGGUAAAAGUAGGAGAGAAACAAGAAGAACCUAAAGAUGAAGCUGAGCUAUCCGAUGAUGAAGAGAAAGAAACAGAUGUCGACUAUCGGACAGUUACUAUAAAUACAGAACAAAAAGUUGCGGAGUUCUACAAUAUUGAAGAAAGAUUGGGAUCGGGGAAAUUUGGACAAGUCUUUAAACUUGUUGAGAAGAAAACUGGAAAAGUUUGGGCAGGAAAAUUUUUCAAAGCAUAUUCAGCUAAGGAUAAAGAAAAUAUAAGGCAGGAAAUCGGCAUCAUGAACUGUCUACAUCAUCCAAAACUUGUCCAGUGUGUAGAUGCCUUUGAAGAAAAAGCCAACAUCGUCAUGGUCUUGGAAAUUGUUUCUGGAGGAGAACUCUUUGAACGAAUCAUCGAUGAGGACUUUGAACUGACAGAGAGAGAGUGUAUUAAAUACAUGAGGCAGAUAUCGGAAGGAGUUCAGUACAUCCAUAAGCAGGGCAUUGUCCAUUUGGACUUGAAGCCGGAAAACAUUAUGUGUGUCAACAAGACUGGGGCAAGAAUCAAACUCAUUGACUUUGGACUUGCAAGAAGAUUAGAAAGUACAGGUUCUCUGAAAGUUCUCUUUGGGACACCUGAGUUUGUGGCUCCAGAAGUUAUAAACUAUGAACCUAUUGGAUAUGCCACAGAUAUGUGGAGUAUAGGAGUUAUCUGCUACAUCUUGGUCAGUGGACUUUCUCCUUUCAUGGGAGACAAUGACAAUGAAACUUUAGCCAAUGUUACCUCAGCAACCUGGGACUUUGAUGAUGAAGCUUUUGAUGAAAUCUCUGAUGAUGCCAAGGACUUUAUUAGCAAUCUGCUAAAGAAGGAUAUGAAGAGCCGCUUAGAUUGUACUCAAUGUCUUCAGCAUCCUUGGCUGCAAAAAGACACCAAAAACAUGGAAGCCAAAAAACUUUCCAAAGAUAGGAUGAAGAAAUAUAUGGCCAGAAGAAAAUGGCAGAAAACAGGUCAUGCUGUCCGAGCCAUAGGGAGACUAUCCUCCAUGGCAAUGAUUUCUGGUCUGAGUGGAAGGAAGGCCUCUACAAGCUCACCUACCAGUCCUAUAAAUAAAGAUAAAGUAGACCUGGAUGAUGAUGCUGCCAGGGCUUUCCUUGAAGCACUGGCAGAGGAAAAACCCCAUGUAAAGCCAUAUUUUACUAAAACAAUCCUGGACAUAGAAGUUGUGGAAGGAAGUGCUGCUAGAUUUGACUGCAAAAUUGAAGGCUACCCUGACCCUGAGGUAAUCUGGUACAAAGAUGACCAAUCUAUUAAAGAGUCUCGUCACUUCCAGAUAGAUUAUGAUGAGGAUGGGAACUGUUCUUUGACUAUUUCUGAAGUUUGUGGGGACGAUGAUGCCAAAUACACCUGCAAAGCUGUUAAUAGCCUUGGGGAAGCAACUUGUACCGCAGAACUCCUUGUGGAAACAAUGGGAAAAGAAGAAGAGGAGGAGGAAGAGGAAGAAGAAGAAUGAAACAAGACUCAAAGGAGAAGAUAUUUGAAAAAUCACAUUAUAAAGACUAUAUCUCUAAAGCUCAGAAAACCAAGUUAUUAAAAACACCUAGUGUGAUACAUCAUUAGGGGGGAAGGUGUUGUUUUUUCAGCAUUAUCAGUUGAUACCUGUUUGUUUUAUUUAUGGGCAUUAAGUGGAAACAGCAGGCACUUUAAGUUGCUAUGGUGAUUGGAUUUAGUUUAAGUAAGUCGGUUGUUGCCCAGCCUAUUUUUAAUGUGAAAGUAUCAUACUAACCUACGAUUAUAACCUGCAUUUAUAAAUACCCUAUUUAUUGAGCUCAUUCAUUUGCACCGUCACUCUCAUCAACCAAUACUAUAGCUGUGGUGGCUCCCUGAGAUCUACAUUUAUCUCUAUGCCCAGAAAUCUUUUAUCAAACACACACAAAGAUUCUUUUGGUCUUAAUACAAUUGAACCCUCCCAUAGUAAAGUCAUUCUUCACAUAAGUUAACUAUGAGGGAAGGUUACACUAUAACCAGCAUUGCAGUUUGCACGCUGUAAUAAAAUGAAACAAUCUUAGUCUUUCCUCCUCUUUAAAAUAGUUUCACUGUCUGACCUUUACACACACUUAGCUCUUCCAAUUUGCUAUUAGUGUAUUACUAAUUCCACUAAUCCUAGACCUCCAUGAGUUUGUAUGAGCUGAUAUUUCUUUCCUCACCUUUAACCAAGUGAUUUAACUUCUCUACUUUCUCUUGAGGUGUCUGUUACCCUGGUACAGAUACAUAUGUCUGCUUCAGAAACAAACUGAAAAUUUAAAGAACCAGAAACCUUGCAGUUGUGCUUGUCAUUUUAAUAAAGAUUCAUAGUUCAUAUAAGUGCUGCUAGGAACUAUAGGUUAUUGUACAUCCAUUAACUUUUAUCUGUGUGUGGAAACCUAGUUUAGUUAAAAAUGUACUUGUACUUAAUCUGGCCAUUAUAAAACAGAUCUCAACUGAUGAUUAGCUGGAAAUUGCCACAGAUUUUUGGAGUAGCCAAAAAAAAAAGUAGUUUGGAUUACAAACUUCUUUAUGCCAAGCAAUUACCAAAGAAUGUGCUUGACAGUCUAGUUUUCAUCUUGAGCCUGUCAGGAAGGCUGAUGUCCUCAAAACAUUUUUGCAAAAAACAAAAACAAAAAAAUCCAGAAAAUGUUUUUCUUCUCAAAAGUGAUUAAUGCACUCAGACUGAGUAACUUUCCUUUCCUCUCACACUAUUGGCACUUGUUAAUUCUUUUUGUUCAAGAGUAAUAUCAGAGGCCAUACGAUGAUAUGCAUAAUCCAAUGAGAAUACAUUUCCAGUAUCUGUACAUCAUUCCAAAUGUAUGUUUUUUUCCUUUUUUCCACUUUUUGUGUGUAGAGUACAACAAUUUUAAAUUUCAAGGAGUACCUUUAAAAAAAAACAACUUAACUUAGUUCCACAAAUUAAAGUAUCAAGUGUACUUUUAUACAGAUGUAUAUGAUAUCAACUUUAGGAUGUUUGAUAUUACCUAGUUUUGUGUUUUAUAUUAUUUGCUCUUCUACAUGUCUUUAAAGUAAAAUCAAGGUCAACUAAUGUGGAUCACACAAUGUUUUUUUAAAUAACUGCUUAGCUCUUUGUUGCUAGGUUCAAUUUGCCAGCACCAGCAUGUCUUUUCCUUUUAAAUGGGUAAAGAACUCUUGUUAUACUAAACACAAUAUUGCCACUACUCCUUAUAAGGAAAGGUUUUUUAAAUCUGAUUUAGAGCAUACAGAGUUUUCCUCACAUGUUUUAAAUGUGUUUAGGUAACAAUGGGGUGUCUUUUGUACCUUAAUAAAAUAUGCAAAUGUUUUCCCAUUUUGUUAAACCAUCAGAAUUGGGAGAAAUGAGAACACUACAGCUGUAGUUACUCACGAUUUUUAAAUAAAUAAUACCACA